GGCAACCUGUGGCGCAAUAUUUCACCAAACUAAGAAAUAUUUGGGCUGAGAUUGAUGUGAAACGUCCUUGCAUGAUCAAACAUCAGGAGGAUAUUAUUUGGUACCAACGUGAGAAGGAGCUUGAGCGAGUUCACCAUUUCCUGAAAGGUCUUGAUACUAAACAUAACAAUGCGAAGGGGGAAUUGCUCCGCCAGACUGAGCCACCUAGCUUAAUUACAGCUUUCACAUAUAUCCGUAAGGAUGAAUCUCAGCAGAACAGCCUUCAUCAGACACAAGUUGAAGUUUCCAGCCUUACUAUUCGUGCUAGAUCUUCAGCACCGCCCCUUCAGCAAGCCACUUCAUCGUCACUUCAUCACCGAGGACCACCACCAGGUUUCGGGAAUCAGCCCCGCCCUCCUUGCUCUUAUUGUCAAGAUACAAACCAUGCUCGUGCAACCUGUUGGAAGUUGUAUCCACACCUUAGGCCCCAAAGGCCUAAUUAUCGUCCUAAAGCCAAAGCAGCUAUUCAACUAGUCCAGGAACCAGAUAUUUAUGGUGUGGUUGGACACGAUCAUCAUACAGCAGGAGGAGUAACACCCACAACAUCAAUAGCUGGUCGUGGAUCUUCUCACCGGGGAGUUAAUUGGUCGGGGGUAUCUACGGGGCAGGUUGUUUCAUCUGGAUCAGACAUAUGCGGGAGAGAAACCAGGGGCACAGUCCCGGAUCGCUUUACUCUCCACUUCUGAUAAGCUAAGUGAAGUU